CGGCGGCGGUGUGAAGACCGGUACCGGCUCGCGGGACCAGUGUGACAAUUUCGCUCCUUUCGCCGACGAGACCCGAGGAAAGAGUACCAGAAAAGAAUACCAUGGGGCAAACAGUGAAUGAAGAUUCAAUGGAUGCCAAGAAGGAGAAUCAAGAGAAAGCUCCUCACUCAGGUACAUCUUCUGUGCAAAAUGAUGAUUUCCACUGGGAAAAUUACUUGAAAGAGACUGGAUCUUUGAGUGCCCCUUCAGAGUGUUUCAGACAGUCCAAGGUUCCACCAGCUAAUGACUUCAAAGUUGGUAUGAAAUUGGAAGCCCAUGACCCUCGCAAUAUGACUUCAAUCUGUAUAGCCACGGUUGUUGGAAUUACUGGUGCCAGGCUACGUUUAAGACUGGAUGGUAGUGACAACAGAAAUGAUUUUUGGAGACUUGUCGAUUCUCCAGACAUACAGCCUAUUGGGACAUGUGAAAAGGAAGGGGACUUACUUCAGCCUCCACUGGGGUAUCAGAUGAAUGCGUCAUCUUGGCCAAUGUUCCUCUUACGAACACUGAAUGGAUCUGAAAUGGCACCUGCGACAUUCUUUAAGAAGGAACCACCAAAGCCACCUCUAAAUAAUUUUAAAGUGGGAAUGAAACUUGAAGCUAUAGACAAAAAGAACCCUUAUCUGAUCUGCCCUGCAACUAUUGGAGAUGUUAGAGGAGAUGAAGUUUAUAUCACAUUUGAUGGCUGGAGUGGAGCUUUUGAUUACUGGUGCAAGUACGAUUGUCGAGAUAUUUUCCCAGUUGGGUGGUGUCGCCUGACAGGAGAUGUAUUACAACCACCUGGAACUCAUGUGCCUGUUACAAAGAAUAUAGCAAAAACACAGUCUUCUCUUUCCAAAGCAACCCAACGUUCAAUGCAGUCUCCACAGAAAACUGCUGUAAUAUUACCAACACAGCAGAUCAGGAAAUCAGGUCGCACUAAACCACCUGCACAGACUUCAGUCCCUAAGAAGGGAAGUGCUGUUAAAAAUCUUACACCAAAGAAAAAAGGCCCAAAAAAGGAAAAAUAUUUUCCUGUUUUGUGUUCUACAUCUUCAGCUUCUAUAAAAUCUCUGGCCAGAGACCGUCGUGUUUCAUAUGAUAAGGAUGCUGCUCCUGGCACAUCUAAAAUAGUGAUGUCAACAGUCUGUGUCUAUGUAAACAAACAUGGAAACUGUGGCCCUCACCUGGAUCAGAAGAAAAUCCAGCAGCUGCCUGACCACUUUGGCCCGGGCCCCGUGAAUGUGGUGCUCCGGAGGACCGUGCAGGCCUGUGUGGAUUGUGCCAUUCAAAGUAAGACUGUUUUUGGAUUUCUUAAGCCAGAUCAUCGUGGAGGAGAAGUGAUAACUGCUUCCUUUGAUGGGGAAACUCACUCUAUCCAGCUCCCUCCAGUGAAUAGUGCAUCAUUUGCUCUUCGCUUUCUUGAGACCUUAUGCCAUAGCUUGCAGUGUGAUAACCUUCUGAGUAGCCAGCCUUUUAGCUCUUACAGAGGUACUACUCCUAAUCCUGCAGAGCAUGAUAAAAAUAAAUCAGUAAAAGAAGACAUAACAGAAAAGAAAAGCCCCAAACGGUCUUCACAGGAACCUAUACCUUAUGUUGCUCCUGUGUCACCUAAGCUCCCCAAAACAAAGAUGCAUGCCCCUAAAGAAGAACUAUUGUCUUCUGAGGGAAAUGGCGUGCCCAAAGAGGAAAAGCUUCCUGAAGAUUCCAAAAACUCACCACUAAAUCCAGCAAAUUCUUUAAGCUCUACCAGCAGAAAUCCUGUAAGCACUCAUACUGCAGUCUCCAGGAAUUUUUCUCCAAGUGUGCCAGGCACCUCAAGUUCAGCACUAGUGGGGACCAGAUCUACCAAGAGCAGUCACCAUGAAGUUAAAUUCCAAAUGCAGAGGAAAAGUGAAGCUCCAAGUUAUAUAGCUGUACCUGACCCCAGUGUCCUGAAACAAGGCUUCUCUAAGGACCCUUCAACCUGGUCUGUGGAUGAAGUGAUACAGUUUAUGAAACAUAAAGAUCCUCAGAUAUCAGGCCCCCUCGCCGACCUCUUCAGGCAACAUGAAAUUGAUGGGAAGGCUCUGCUACUACUCAAAAGUGAUGUGAUGAUGAAGUACAUGGGGCUGAAGCUGGGGCCAGCAUUAAAGUUAUGUUACUACAUUGAAAAACUAAAAGAAGGAAAAUACAAUUGAAAAAAAAAUGUGUAAGUUUAGAUUGGACAGCAUUCUCUGUUAUCCUGAUAACUUUUAAUUUAAAAAUAUUUUAAUUCCCCUAGCAGCUUUUGUUUGGUAGACAGUUCCUCUAAAAAUAGGUUAUAUCCAGAAUUGCAGAACAACAUGAUAGUCCAAUCUACUUCUUUAAAAAACCAUUUACGUGUUAGUAUUAGCAUAUUCAAAUUGGGAGUUCUUUAUGUCUUUUUAUUGUUUUACAGUUUACAGUUUAUCACUUUGUACAAUUUACAAAUGUAUUUUCAUGCUGGAAACAGAGAAACACCUUUGAUUUCAGUUAAUGUUUUUUUUUAAUUUAAUUUUAUUACGUUAGUCACCAUACAUCAUUAGUUUUUGAUGUAGGGAUCCACUAAGUUAAUGUUUAUAUAUAGAACCAAAACAGCUAAAUCCCAAAGCGGGAAGUAUCAGGGACUGACAAGUUCUCUAAUGAAAUCUGUGACGAGUUUUCCUUAGAAGAGAAUUUAAAGAUGCAGCUGUAGAUACUCUUUCUCCAGAUAUUUUAUGUCUGUUACUACAAGUUCUGUUCCUGUCCUGCCAGUCUCUAGAAAGGGAAAGCCAUAUAAGUUAUUUUCCUUUUGUUAUUAUUUCUCUGUGUGUUGUAUUUGUUCAUAUUUAAAGAAAAAAAGCAAGCUUAUAAACUUUCAUAAAGUGUUCUUAAUCAGUUUUUGAUAACUUUUGAACAAUUAUAGGAUAAAUAGAAUGGUUGUUUUAUGCAGGAGAUAUUAUACUACAAGGGUGGUUUGGAUGGAGUCUGAUUAAAUAUUUUUCAAUAAUAUACCUGUUAUUUUAAAACAUUACAUAUUUUUGCUAAGUGUAGACAUUUAACUGGGCAUUCAUUUCUCACAUCUCUAUAUGAAGACACCUGUGCCCAAAUUUUUUAAAGAUAGAUAUUUUAUUGUCUGUGUUUAUUCCUCAUAUGGAUACUAUACCGUAUUUAUAUAUUAUUCUAUACCUGUAGGUAUACAAACAAGUAAAUCUGUUCUUUUUGAAUUUAAUAUGGCACUUUGUACCGCCACAGAGGUAAUGGUGAACCCUAUUUAUAUAGUUAGAGGUUUUUAUUCUGUAAACAAUAUGUGCAUCAAUUGCUAUGACUAUUACCUCUCAGCUUUGUCUUCAGGGGAUAAGAAACAAUCCGUAGGUUGCUUUUCAUACAGGGAAGCUCUCUGUCCUAUGCAAUGUUUCUAGUUAAUUUGCUUAGCUCUGAGCCAUUUAUUCUGCUAAAUUUUGGAAGAUGCAUUAAUUCUGACUUACCAUUUUGGGCUUUAUUUUUAAAGUUAGAACUUUUAAGGGGAAAUGGUGCUAUAUGUUGUAAUUACAUUGUAUAAGUUUGGUGUAAUGUUUAUAAGCUAUGAGAAGCUGUGCUAAAAGUCUUAGCCAUUUGUUGUAAAUGCCAACAAAAUAUACACCAGGGGCAUGAAUGUACAUUUUCUUUCUCAGAAAACCAAAUGUACUUUAUAUAAGAAUGCAACUAUUUAAAGGGUGGUUUUAUCUCUGUUAUUCCUUUUGUGUUAGAAGACAAAAUUCUAAUUUAAGCCUGGUCUUAUUUCAAAUUGUUUGUGUGAAGAUGCUGUGCCCAGUUGAACAGUCCUCAGGUGUUUGUAUGAAUACUAUGUUUUACAGUUUUCAGAUUUUAAAAUAUAAUAAAGUUUUAAAACCACAA